AUGUUCAUUGAUUGCGAUUUUGUUUCAGUGAAACCCAAUAAAGUGAAAAUCGUCACACCUAAUGAUCUUCUUUCAACGAGAAAAUCUCAGACAGUUAGAUGCGAGACAUCUGGAUCAUAUCCUCCAGCUAAAUUAACGUGGCUUUUGGAUGGAAAAGCGAUUAGGAACGCCGUCAUUACGGAAGAAGAAACAGAAACAUUUACGGGAAGUCUUCUAACUCUGAACGUAUCGCCAGACGAUGACGGAAAAGAGUUGGUUUGUCGAGCAGAUAAUCCCAGAUUUCCAGGCGGAACAGCACAAGACAGAAGGCAAAUACAUGUGGCAUGUAAGUCGUAAUUAUUGUUUUUCUUUGUGUUGUAAAACACUAACUUUAUCGAUAAUUAAUACUCAAAUCUAACAAGCAUGAUCAUCAGGAUCAGAAAGGGGAAACUACGAAGUUUUAAUGAGCAUAUGCCCUACCC